GGACCGUGACGUCACGUGUAGGGAAUUCCCUUCCCCCAUCUUGUCGCCAUUUUUUCGUUCCUUCCGUAGUUAUGUACUGUGCUUAUCCAGUGUGCUAGUAAGUCGGAGACCUGGAAAUGGAUGCUAAAAACAUUAACUUUAGGAAAUGCUUGGUAGACAUCGCCAAGGGAAUGAGAGGAGGUGAUCUAGAAGCUAUGAAAUAUAUGUGUAAAGACUUAAUUCCGCGUAGGAGAUUGGAAGAUAUUGAAAGUGGAACAGAUCUUUGGGAAGCUUUAGAGGAACGAGGGGUGUUGGCUGCAGACGACACAGCUUUUCUGAACACCCUGCUAAGUUCGGCAACAGAAAAUAGAACAGACCUAGCCAAAAUACUAGAAAAAUAUGAAAGACAGUUUGGUCAAAAUGGAAUUGGGUCCCAUUCAGAAUCAGGAAGAGUUCAAAAAGAAGAGGAAUUUGUUGGAGAAGAUUUAUCCAAGGAGUUUGAUUAUGUUGUGGAUCAUAUUGGCCGUCACUGGCGCACCCUGGCGAGAAAACUACAACUUACAGAAACUGACAUUGACUGUAUCAUAGAGGAGAAUUCAAGAAAUUUGAAGGAACAGAGUAGAAAAUCUCUCAUACAGUGGAAAAAGGAAUAUAAAGAAGAAGCAACAAAGAGAGCAUUAGUGGAAGCUUUGAAACAAUGUGAAUUGAAUGAUACUGCAUAUCAUGUUCAGAAUAUGUAAAUUUGUCCAGAUAGUCACAAAAUAUUUGUGUAAUAUAAGAAAAGGAUGAUGAAAUGGGAAAGACCUUUUAAUCCAAUGUCACUUCCACUUAACUUUAGAAGGGACUCCAAAUGCACAACCCUCUCUAAAACUCAGUAUGAGUGGAAGCGAUCAAAACAUGCUGAACCUAGAAUGCCAUCUCUUCAUAUUUCCCCUUGAGUUUAUGAGUGUGCUUAAGUUGAGGCCCACAGCUUCCUGGUCAGUGUUGUUGCCUUUUGAACACUUUAUUAAAAGACAAAGUACCAAAUUUUGGAAGCAUAAGAUAUAAUUUUUUUACCAUGAAACUAUAUAUACGUGACGUAUUGUUCAGGCUCACCUGAGCUAUGUUAACUAUGAUGUCUCAGAUAAUCAUAAUGUUACAUGGAAUAGAAAGUGAAUAGAAAUUGCUCUAGCUUAUUUAAAACAUACUCUCAGUGCAAAAAAAAAAAAAAAAGGGAAUUCUCAGAACACAUUUUUAAUCCCAUGUUAAGAGUCAAAGAUGAGGUAUUCUGCCAUGUCAAACAUUUUACAUGGUUAUUUUGUUCUUGGCCAACAUACGUUGAAAAGAGUAGUCAUUCAGUUAUAAGUUGGUCAAUAUUUUCGUGAAGUUAUUAAGAAACUUGAAAUAUGUGCCUUUUUUAAGGUGAAAUGUAAUGAAAAUAUAUGUGUUGCCUAAAUAGUAAAUUGAAUUUAAUGAAUUUA